CUCCGCCCAGCUCCGCAUCCUUCUUUCUCUCCAAACUGCCAAACUGUUCUUCCUUCUCCUUCGCCUGCCUUCCACGCCUUCCCCCACGAUCGCAUCUUCCCUUCAAGCUGCCCGUGCUGGGGGCUCCAGCGAUUCAUCAUCUGUUAAGAAACCAGCAGCCUGGAAGUCUGGUAGGUUUCCCGCCCCAGGAAAACCAAAGUUUCUUCGGCUUUAUUUGCACUCAAGUCCACACACCUGGAUGCGUGUGCACGUGUGGGCAGGGAAGAGCGAGAAGGAAAAAACACUCCAGCAAAGAAGCCACUACUUUAGAGGAACAAGAAGAAACUGCUCCCAUUUUCUUUUCCAACUCCAAAGGUUGGCGAGAAAGAGAGAGAGAGAGAGAGAGACGUUGUUUUGACUGGAGCCAGCAAAUGCCUUUCUGCUUUCCUCCUGGCUGAGAAUGAGAAUUGCCCGGCCUACCAACAAGGAGAGUGGGGAAGAUUUAGCGGUUCUUUUUCCAAGCUCCGAAGCCUAAGGAAAAGGACAUCUUGGGUGCCUAAUUUCGACCGGAUGGCAGCCUGAACAUUUGAGAAAGAAGAAAGGAAGGGGGGGGAACCCGCUGGUCUCCAGGAUGGGCACUGUCAUUUGCACCCGAAGGCAGAAGGGUGUUCUGCAAACGGGAUUCUGCCUCUUAGCGCUAGCCUGCUUGGGCUCAGGAGUUCUUCUGUACAACCACCUCCAGCAGAAGGUGAAGGCUGCCGAAAGCUCUGCGUCCAAAUUCAAACAGCAACAGGAAGCCCUUUCGGCCCAGCUGCAAGUUGUUUACGAACACAGAUCCCGGCUCGAACGUUCACUGCAGAAAGAACGCAGCGAGCACAAGAAGACGAAAGAAGAUUUUUUAGUAUACAAACUGGAGGCUCAGGAAGCACUCAAUAAAGAAAAGCAAGAUUCUAUGAACAGAUAUGGUGCCUUAAGUUCACAGCACAAGAUCCUAAAGAACCAGCAUGAAGAAGUCAAGAAGCAGUUUUUGGACUUGCAGUUGCAACACAACGGGCUGAAACUGGAGCAUCGCAAAGCGAUGGAGACCCACAACCAGAAAUAUUCCCAGUUGCAGCAGGAGAGGGACCACGACGUGGUGGGAUUACAAGAUACUGUUUUUAAACUAAGAGAAGAAAGCAAGUUACUUCGUAAAGCCCACCAGGAUGUUCACUCACAACUUCUCAAUGCUCAGGUCCAGAUAGAAGAGUUUCGGAAGCUCAAGGAAACCCUUCAAAAGAUGCCAAGUUUUAAGGACACGGGAGCAGCCAAAGAGCAGCAGGUGCAACAUCAUCAUGGUCGGCCUCUGGAGCUAAGCAUGUUCCAGCUUGCUAGGCCAAAGGCUUCCAAGGGCGACGGCAUAAAAACACCUCUGAGAUCACAGGACCGAGUUGCAGUUCCAGCUGGGAGCUCCCUUGCCAUUCCAGCCCCUGGUAUCAAACGCCAGGGAGAAGAGAACUUGGUGCAUGAAAGCCAGAUUUCACACAACGAUGGAGUUGGACCGCAGGGCGACAUGCAGUUCGGCCAACUGGCCCCACCUAAGGAAAUUAAUUUGCCACUUGCAGCCCAGCCACCAGCCAGGCAUAAAGAUGCACCCAUGAUUCGUUACACCAGGAUGAUGAAUAGUGUGCAGAACCAGGAUCCAGAAGCCAUGCAGAACAUGCAGGAGGAACAUGACCAUCCAGAAGCAUUUGCACCCAGGUUCAAGCUCCCAGCUGCUUCGGAGGGAGGUCGGGUUUUGGAAGAAAAUCUCUCAGACCAGCAGGACCAAAGGGUGCAGAGCUGGCAAGAGAUGGUCAACAAAGCCAACCCCCAGAUGGAUGGAGAGACAGCCCUUUCUUACCUACAAAGCAAUCAUCUGGAUACCAUAUCUGAGCAAGGCAGGACAGUUGGCAAUCAAGCGCAGACGAGCACAGGGCAGCCGCAGCACACCAUCUGGGGAGUUGAAAAAGGAGGAACCGAUGAGGGAGAACCGUACACAGAUGCUGGCAUGAUUAAGAAAGAAAACCACACACACCUACAGAAGGAAGCAGUUAUCCAAAAACAGAUGGGGACCAAAGAUGUUGCUGAUCCAGCCCAGGACCCCAACAAUCAAGGGGAAGAUGAGUUUGAGGAGGCAGAACUGGAACGACCCGGCUUCGAAGAAAAAGCAGAUCCGGCUGAACAAACUCACCAGCCAAAUCGGCCGGCUGACGCUGUGAGCCAGGAAAAGCUACAGAAGGAAGCUGAUGGGCCAAAGAAAGUCACUGACAAUGUAAUGGAUGCCUAUCAGGAGGACCAAGAACAAGACCCUGAGGACCAUGGAGGAGAGGUGGGUGACGCUGAAGAUUUGGAACAGUUCCAGGAACCCAAUGGCCAUGUUGGGGAUGACAGGAAGGAGGAUUACUUUUGACGAUGGGCUGGGGGCCAGAAAAAAGCCACCAAGAGAGAUCAGAACCAAAGACUGUUGCAAUAAACUUGGCUAUUUUUGUUGAAACUGCCAAGGGAGGUGGGGGGGAUAGCUCCAUCUGUUUUCAGAAGGUCAUCGGCUACAUUGACCAAUGGAGAUAUCCUGUUAGCAAGGACUGGAAUGACGUGCAGCGCCGAUCUGUCAGAACACCACCAUAAAUACGAACAUCAGACUGUUUCUUCGUGGGGAAAUGGAGCUCAAGAUAUCAAUAAAUCGUUUUCCUUUGGAAGACACCUUCCCACUUACUCUCGUUUGGACCACAGGCAGGGCCUGAUAUAACACAGAAGUACCGUUACAGUUUUGGCUACUUGCAUUUCCCUUUCUCCCAUCUCAGAUUUGCCUGACUGCUGUUCAGUGCAAACUCAUCACCUUUAUAUGUAUGUAUAUGUAUAUAAAAAGAGAAUCCGUUUGGUAA